CACAGGAGCCCCGCCAGGCGGGUGCCGAGGUCUGGGCAGCAAGAGGAUGGCCAAGGUCCGGGAGCUGGAGGACGCCUUUCUGCAAGCGCAGCCUUUGCCCCAACUUUCCUCGGAGAUCUCAGAGGAGUGCUGCGUGCAGCUCUUGGACAAGGGCUUGCUCACCUACCCUGAAGACAGAGCGUACCUGCAAACUCAGCCUGGGGGUACGCAGGUCAGCGGGGAGAAAGGGGGCGACCUGGAGCUGCCGGUGGGAGUGAAAUCAGAAAUGCAUUUAAGCAACGGUAACUUUUCUUCUGAAGAAGAGGAUGUAGACCAUCACGAGAGCAAAAUCAAAGCAGCCAACCAAGAGCUCUCUCAGAAGAAGACCAUCACGCAGAUCAUGAAGGACAAGAAGAAGCAGACUCAGCUCACGCUUCAGUGGCUUGAAGAGAAUUACAUAGUAUGUGAAGGAGUUUGCCUCCCGCGGUGCAUUCUUUAUGCUCACUAUUUAGACUUCUGCAGGAAAGAGAAACUGGAGCCGGCUUGUGCAGCCACCUUUGGAAAGACAAUUCGCCAGAAAUUUCCCCUUCUUACAACACGAAGACUUGGAACAAGAGGCCAUUCAAAGUAUCAUUACUAUGGGAUUGGCAUCAAAGAGAGCAGUGCAUAUUACCACUCCGUUUAUUCUGGAAAGGGCCUGACAAGGUUUUCGGGGAGCAAACUAAAGAAUGAGGGCGGUUUCACUCGUAAAUAUUCGCUUAGCUCCAAAACGGGAACACUUCUUCCAGAAUUCCCCAGUGCUCAACACCUUGUGUACCAAGGAUGCAUUUCUAAGGACAAGGUUGAUACUCUCAUAAUGAUGUACAAGACUCACUGCCAGUGUAUCCUGGACAAUGCAAUCAACGGAAACUUUGAAGAGAUCCAGCAUUUCUUACUGCACUUUUGGCAAGGGAUGCCUGAUCAUCUUCUGCCGCUGCUUGAAAAUCCUGUCAUCAUUGACAUUUUCUGUGUUUGUGACUCAAUUCUUUAUAAGGUCCUCACAGAGGUACUCAUUCCUGCAACAAUGCAAGAAAUGCCUGAAAGCUUAUUAGCAGACAUAAGAAAUUUUGCUAAAAAUUGGGAGCAAUGGGUUGUUUCAUCCUUGGAAAACUUACCAGAAGCCCUAACUGAGAAGAAAAUUCCUAUUGUGCGGAGAUUUGUAUCAUCUCUGAAGCGACAGACAUCUUUCUUACAUCUUGCUCAGAUCGCCAGACCAGCUCUCUUUGACCAGCACGUGGUGAAUUCUAUGGUGUCUGAUAUUGAAAAGGUUGACUUAAAUAGUAUUGGGUCUCAGGCCCUUCUUACCAUUUCGGGCAGCACAGACACUGAGUCUGACAUGUACAGUGAACAGGACUCUGUCACUGUGUUCCAAGAACUAAAGGAUCUCCUUAAAAAGAAUGCUACUGUGGAGGCUUUUAUUGAAUGGUUGGACACUGUGGUAGAACAGAGAGUUAUUAAGACCAGCAAGCAAAAUGGAAGAUCUUUAAAGAAGAGGGCUCAAGACUUUCUGCUCAAGUGGAGUUUUUUUGGUGCUCGAGUAAUGCAUAACCUCACCUUGAACAACGCGUCCAGUUUUGGUUCUUUCCACUUGAUCCGGAUGCUUCUUGAUGAAUAUAUUCUCCUGGCCAUGGAGACUCAAUUUAAUAAUGACAAAGAGCAGGAGUUACAGAAUUUAUUGGACAAAUACAUGAAGAAUUCAGAUGCAAGUAAAGCUGCCUUCACUGCUUCCCCGAGUUCAUGCUUUCUGGCCAACCGUAAUAAAGGGAGUUCAGUUUCCAGUGAUGCUGUGAAGAAUGAAAGUCAGCUGGAGUCAACCUAUGCUGCUCCUCUGUCUUCCAGUCAGCCUGGAGGCUUGCCCCCUGCUCUGCACCCAUUCCUGGCUGGGAACACUGAUAGCAUGCCACUUCCAGGUCAAAUGGAGCUUUCACAGACUACUGGCCAUCUGAUAACACCACCUAUUUCUCCAGCCAUGGCAAGCCGAGGGAGUGUCAUUAACCAAGGACCAAUGGCAGGGAGACCCCCAAGUGUGGGCUCAGUUCUUUCAGUUCCAACACACUGCUCAGCAUAUCCGGAGCCAAUUUAUCCUACCCUCCCUCAAACCAACCAUGACUUUUAUGGGACCAAUUCUAACUAUCAGACUGUGUUUAGGACACAGCCCCACCCAGCAUCAAGCCUCUAUUCUCAUCGUGCAGAGCAUGGGCGAUGCAUGACCUGGGCUGAACAGCAGCUGUCUAGAGACUUCUUUAGUGGCAGUUGUGCUGGAUCUCCAUAUAAUUCCCGACCACCUUCCAACUAUGGACCGUCCCCACAGGCUCAGGAGUCCCACAGUAUGCAGUUUUUGAACACAGGAGGCUUCAAUUUCCUUAACAAUGCAGGCGCUGGUGGCUGCCAAGGAGCAACACUGCCUUCUAAUUCGCCCAAUGGUUACUAUGGAAACAAUAUUAACUACCCAGAGGCUCAUAGGAUUGGAGCAAUGGUGAACCAGCAUGUUUCCGUCAUCAGCAGCGUGCGCUCCCUGCCUCCCUACAGUGACAUCCACGAUCCACUGAACAUUUUAGAUGACAGCAGCAGAAAACAGAACAACUCAUUUUAUACAGACACUUCCUCUCCAGUUGCAUGUCGGACUCCGGUAGUAGCUCCCAAUUUGCAAACCUCAAUUCCUUCAUCCUCAUCGCAGUGCAUGUAUGGAGCUUCCAAUCAGUAUCCAACGCAAGACACUCUGGACUCUCAUGGGGCAGGCAGUAGAGAAAUGGUGUCCUCUUUACCACCCAUAAACACUGUGUUCAUGGGAACAGCCGCUGGAGGCACUUAAAUCAGCAAUGCGGAGUGCAGUUGAAACUCAAAAUCCCCACUGCACUAAUGGCAUUACCCACCCAGGCUCCAUGAGAACAGAGACAGUGGAAUAUGGCUGGGCAUUUUUCAAGUCACGGAUGCUGUGGACAACUCCACAGUGAACGGAGUUACUUGUACAAUUUGCAUUGCACACAAUCUAAAAUGUGUUGUCAUCAUUAAUAAUAGUUUCCAAAUACAAUCAAAUGAAACCAGUGGAGAUUUGAAGAUGCAGGUAUUUCAAAGAUUUAAUAUUUUACAUUCUAAUUUAUUGAAAAAUUUCUAUGUUCCUUCAUCUUUGGUUUCUAAAGAAAGAGAGAGAACUAUAUUUAAUGCCUUCACAAUGUCUUUAACUUAUUAGGAUCUCAUAAUCAUUGUUUACUAUUCUUUAUUUGACAAAAAGUCAAAUGUCUAUGUUCUACCUCCUGUGGAAAUGUUUACAAGGUCAAGACUUAAUUCUAUUCAACCUAGACCAAAGUGGUUUGACUUUCAAUUCCUGUGCAUUAGUAUGGUGAUUUCUGUUACAUAGUAGUAUCCCAGUUCUAUGUAACUGAAAAGAAAUGAUAAAUGGUUUUCAUUCUUUAUUUAAAAUGGUAAGAAGAAAUAAAA